CCCCACUCGGCGGUGGCGGCGGCGCCCGUGCCUGCGACUCUGCCCGUGCUCCCGUCGGCGGCGGCUCCGGCUCCUCCUCCCGGGCUGUGUGAGGUUCAAGACCUGAAAAAAUGGCAUUGGCAGCAAUUGAUCCACAGCAGAACAUUGUUUCGAGGGUUGCCAACCUUCCUUUGGUGAGCUCCACCUAUGAUAUGGUGUCCACAGCUUACAUCACCACAAAGGAUAACUAUCCUUAUCUGAAGUCAGUGUGUGAGAUAGCAGAGAAAGGAGUGAAGACAAUUACAUCAGUAGCCAUGACAAGUGCUAUGCCUAUCAUUCAGAAACUGGAACCACAAAUUGUAGUUGCCAACAACUAUGCCUGUAUAGGUCUAGACAAAAUUGAAGAGAGACUGCCUAUACUGAAUCAACCCACCGACAAGGUUGUUGCCAAUGCCAAGGAUGUAGUUGUUGGAGCCAGAGAAGCUGUAACAACCACUGUGACUGGUGCCAAGGAAACUGUUGCUCACACGAUCACUGGAGUUGUGGGCAAGACUAAAGAAGCAGUGCAAGACAGCGUAGAAAUGACCAAGUCAGUUGUCAAUGGCAGCAUUAACACUGUCCUGGGAAGUCGUGUGGUGCAAAUGGUGAGCAGUGGUGUGGACAGUGCUCUCACAAAAUCAGAGACCCUUGUAGACCAGUAUCUUCCACUUACAGAAGCAGAACUAGACCUAGAGAAAGAAGCUGCAAAUGUUGAAGGCUUUGAAGUUGGAGUCCAAAAGCCAAGCUACUAUGUUAGACUAGGAUCCCUGUCUUCAAAGGUCCGCACACGUGCCUACCAACAAGCCUUAAACAAAGUUAGAGAUGCUAAACAGAAAAGCCAGGAAACAAUCUCUCAGCUCCACUACACUGUUAGUCUGAUCGAGUAUGCCAGAAAGAACGUGAAUAGUGCCAAUAAGAAACUUCUUGGUGCUCAGGAAAAGCUUUAUCAAUCCUGGGUAGAAUGGAAGAAAAAUACAGGCCAAAAUGAUGGUGAUGAUCUGCGUAGUGCUGAGCACAUUGAGUCCAGAACUCUAGCUAUUGCACGGAGCCUCACUCAGCAGCUUCAGACCACCUGCCUCACAUUGGUCUCAAGCCUUCAGGGGCUGCCACAGAAUGUACAGGAUCAGGUUUACAGUGUUGGGUCAAUGGCAGGUGGUGUCUACCAGAGCUUUCGGUCAGCAUCCUCUUUCCAAGAAUUAUCAGACAGCUUUAUUGCGGCUAGCAAAGGACAGCUGAAGAAAAUGAAGGAGUCUCUGGAUGAUGUGAUGGAUUAUCUUGUUAACAACACACCGCUCAACUGGCUGGUUCCAGAUUUCGCUAUUACAGACCUGUCUUCAGAGUCAGAUGAUGUCCCAGAUAUUUUGGAUUUGGAUGAAGAGGAUCAACAGGAUUUUUCACGCACAAAUGGUCCUUACACUACAGGGCAAAGAGCUGAAUAGAGAAGCAUAAAAAUGUCUUUUUGAUACAAUGUACCUUUGCCAUGUUUGAUUUAGAUUCCUCCUUUUUAAAGAUGAACAUGCCUAGUUUAGGGAUUAUGGGGAUACUUUUUUAAAAAAUCAGUACUGUUUCACUUAGCUGCAUCAAAAAUCUGGGUUUUUCAAUGUAAGGAAUGCAUGCUACAUUAAUUGGUUAGCACGGGUGUCAGGCUCCAGUUCUACAAGCCAGGUAAAGCCUAAUCAAUAUAUCCAACUAAUCUGAUUUUUAUUGAUGAUUUGUUCUCCUGCUGGUAGCAGCCAUGAGAACACCCCAGUGCUUUGCAUACAGGGCUGCCAAGAAAAGGAGUUGAUGAGGAUUUGCCCACUUUCAGUCUAUGUGAAAAGCAGUGCUGUAUCUACCUCUUUGCUGCUGGAAGGGGUAAGAGACUUUGUCUAUCUCAGAUUUUCUCAGGUUCUUUUGUUAGGCUCUGCACCUACAGAGCUUAGACGCUUAGAGCUUUCCUUUGGCAAGAGUGCUUUAUGCACUAAAGGACUUCCUUUCUUUCCACAUGCCUUCUGUGUGCAAGUAUUAUGGCCAUCAUGAUGCUAUCAGUUGUGGCGCCUGAGACUAAAGGGAGUAAAUGCUUCAAUAUUAAAGUGUUUUGGGUAUAAGAAUAGCAUUUAAAUAAGAAAAGGGAAGAGAUUGUAAAAAGAAAGGAAAAAUAGAGAGUAAAGAGAUAAAGAUUUUGGACAAAAGAAAACUUGGGAAAAAAGAGGGAAUUGAAUUUAAGAGUUCUGGUGACAGUGAUUUUUAAAAAAAAGUGUUUUAAUAAAAUCUCAAUCAGUUAUUUGCUAAGGGCUGCUGAGUCUGCAUGUGCUCGCACACAGUAAUUUCUCGAGGAGUUGGGGAGAGGGGUAAUGGGACUGGAGGCGGACUUGUUGACAUUUCUUUCCGAGGACCAGGCCGAGCUGCAGUGGCAGCAGCGACCUGUCCGUGUGGGCGGUGUGCCUGCAGCGCCGUGCCGGGAGCUGCGGCCGAGCGCCGCUCUCUGCGGCCGCGGGCCUGCUGCGCCCUCAGCCUGGGACGCCUGGCCUUGUGAGGGCCUGCAAGUCUGGCCACUGAAAUGCCUUGGAAUAAAAGUUUGAACCGCA